CACCCAAUAUUUGUUAUAUUAGAUAUAGGUAUAAAAAAUCCGAUAAAACCCCCCUUUCUCACCUCCGGUCCUCCCUCGCCUCCUUCCAAGAACCCUCCGCAAUCCCCAUCAAUCUCCAGACUUCUACGAACCCAUCGUCCUUCGAUCCCUUCUAUAUGACUUCUUCCCGGCCUUCUCCUUGGUCGCCAUGACGCUAUGAGACCCGGCCCACUCCCCAUGACGCGGCCGAGCCAUCCCGGCCAACACAUCCCCAAUCCCACCCACCCCCGCCGCCGCCCCGACCUCACCCUGCCCCUUCCCCAGCGUGAUCUCACGUCCCUCGCCGUCCCCCUCCCCCUCCCUCCUCCCUCUGCGCCCGCCUCCUCCGUCCCCGGCGGCCUCCAGCUUCCCAUGGCCACCUCCGCUUGCGCCCAGACCCCGGAACUCGCCGACCUCGAGCGCGUCCGCCGCAUCGGCAGCGGCAGCGGCGGCACCGUCUGGAUGGUCCGCCACCGCCCCACCGGCCGGAUCUACGCCCUCAAGGUAAUCUACUGCAACCAUGAGGACGCCAUCCGCCGCCAGAUCUGCCGCGAGAUCGAGAUCCUCCGCACCGCCGACAACCCCUACGUGGUCCGGUGCCACGGGUGCUACGACCGGGCCGGCGAGAUCGAGAUCCUCCUCGAGUACAUGGACGGCGGCUCCCUCGACGGCCGCCGCAUCGCCUCCGAGCCCGUCCUCGCUGACAUCGCCCGCCAGGUCCUCUCCGGCCUCGCCUACCUCCACCGUCGCCGGAUCGUCCACCGCGACAUCAAGCCCUCCAACCUCCUCAUCAACGCCGCGCGCCAGGUUAAGAUCGCGGACUUCGGGGUCGGCCGGAUCCUGGUCCAGACCAUGGACCCCUGCAACUCCUCGGUGGGGACGAUCGCCUACAUGAGCCCCGAGCGGAUCAACACCGACCUCAACGAGGGGGUCUACAACGCCUACUCCGGCGAUAUCUGGAGCUUUGGCCUCAGUAUUCUCGAGUUCUAUCUUGGCCGGUUCCCGUUCGGGGAGCACCUCAAGCGGCAGGGCGGCGACUGGGCCAGCCUCAUGUGCGCCAUCUGCUACUCCAACCCGCCGGAGGCGCCGUCCACCGCCUCGCCGGAGUUCCGGAGCUUCAUCGCCUGCUGCCUCCAGACGGAGCCCCGCCGCCGGCUCACCGCCACCGAGCUCCUCCGCCACCCCUUCAUCACCCGGACUCAGCCCCCCGUCGCCGACAUCGCUGUCUCCACCGUAUAAUUUCACACCACUGACCUAAAAUUGGUGGCCUUUUUUCUUUUUUCCUUCUCAUGAAAAAAAAAAAUCCCUUUACAGGGCGGAGUGCGGAUAAGGAAAGAUGGAGGGUGGGCAGUGGAAAGUGUGUUUUUUUUUCAAAAAAAGAAACUCCUUUUUUAAUUAUUUUCAGAGGUUUUACCCAUACAUCGGUGUGACAUGGGAGCCGAGAUCAAAAUGGGACGGUGGUGGUGACCCAGAGCUUUAGUGCGAAGGGAGUGGAUGUUAGUGGUAAUGUAGGUGUAAUGAAAUGGCUCAUGUUGUAACUUUUUAUCUGUUGUUAUAUGAAAAAUUUGAAACAGAUUCAUCGUACCAAUAAAAGGAAGCUGCUUUCCUAAACCAUUCAAACCAUGUGUUGUGCACACAUGGUUGGUUUAAAAUUCA